AUGAGUAAUAGACCUGGGUUUUUCUCACUUCUGGCGGAAUCUCAGCGCAGAAAAGAGGCUAUCAGGCGGCACACCGAGCGAGAGACGCAAAGGGGAACGUCUGCCGCCGCCACCCCCAGUUCAAGUCGAAACAGAUCAACUCCAGACAUCGCUACCACAAAUCAGACUCGAAACUCCACUCCCACAACAACAACUUCGAGCUCUGACUCGAGUACUGUCAUCCUGGCUGUACCUGCUCUCGGUAACUCUACAGCCUGGAGAUCGUGCCGCCCGGAAGUUGGAUUUAAAGGACUCACUGAUGCCACCGAACAAGCAGCCUUGUUAUAUACAAGACUUGCCGAGGUACAAAACUAUCUUGAUUCUGCAGAGAAUGCUUGGGACGAACUCUGUACUGCACGCGAGCAGCUCCAAAAUUCUCUCGACUGCGCCACCUCGCCUGAUGAAUCAUUGCGAUUCAGGGCGGUCCGCACGCUCGGGAAUAUCUAUGGGCAGCUCGGCGACUACGACAUGGCCCAAAAAACGUUUUUGUCUCUCUGCCCCUCCCUACCCUUGACUGCCGCCUCUUUCGAUAAUCUCUCUGCUUGGCACGAGAUUGAUGCUUUGCUGUAUUAUCUGCGGUUCGCAACAGCUAUCGGGCGAGAUCUUGAUCGGGUUGAGACGGUUGCAAAAGUGCUUCCCUGGGCAACGGUAGAUGUUCUCUGUACGAAAGACCGCAAGCUUUCAGCGCUGUUCAGCUUGGUUCGAACGCUGAACUUCCGAGGCUGUCAUGAAGCUGCAUCCAGGCAUUUGGAGAUGAUUGAAGUGGUCUCAAUGCCAAAAACCCCACUGGAUUCUGAGUAUCUUCUGCAGAAUGCGAUAGCUACUGCUGGCGAAGGGUUUCAAAGCAAAUCACAAGCUUUGUUUGUGGAUGCCUUUAUAAUUAGCUCAUUGAGAUUCGGAGCCUGGCAUCGCAACACUCUGGAUAUACUGUACCAUUUCGGAAGAGCUCUGAAAGCCAGGGGUUUGCAAGAAGCUGCUCUGAAACUUUUAACAGCCUCCUGCCAGGGUUUCUAUUAUACACUAGGGGCAUCUCAUCCUCGAUCAAUCUGCGUAUACCAGGAGCUCGAGGCCUGUCAGGGUGCUGGCGUUGUGAUGCAAAACGUCCGUCAACUUGGUCAUUGCCAGCUAAGUCCUAAGAGGAAAUGGUCUGUCGCAUAUGAGCACAACUACCUUAUCACACCAAUUGAGCUGCUGAAAUUGACGAUAGCCGUCGAGUACGAUGGUAUCUUGAGAACACUGGAAAGACUAUUGCAAGAGAAGGGGACAUCAUCGCGUAUCAAGUUCGACACUAAACGAAAUAUUGCGUGGUGUGCCUUCGAGCAAGGCAGACUGGAUGCAGCUUCCACUGCACUCUAUACUUUGCAUAAAUCAAUCAACGAAAACUGCAGUGAUGCGGUUGGCGUCGAAGCCUACCGUGCGACACUUGCGUCAGAUGAAGCAAUUUGUGCUGCAAAGAGUUCGGACUUGGGUAAAGAGUUUAUGCGCCAGCGGAGCAAACUAGUCUAUCAAGGAUUCAAGGACUUCCCGAAAGAGCGAAGUCACCAGAUCAAGGCAAUUCUGAGGCGCAUGACGACGUACAGGCUCACACAUCUCACCCGGGACGUGGUCUUCAGCGGUCCCGUUUUGUUCACCGAAACAAAUGGAGAGAUUCUAGGCAGUGGGAACUCUGCCGACGUGGACACUGUCAAGAUCGGUAAAACUUCGUAUGCUCGCAAAUCAAUCCGUCUGCCACGUCAGCUUCAGCGCAGAGACAAUCUGCUCGAGGACAUCCAAAGAGAGAUUAAAAUCAUACAUGCUCUGGAUCAUCCUCAUAUCGUUCGCGUAUUGCUAACGUAUGAAGAGACAAUACGAUUCAGCAUUAUUAUGCACCCUCUGGCAGAAUGCGACCUAGAGUCCUAUCUCGCUAACAAAAUCUGCGACACCACUAGACAGCGGCGUAUGAUCUGGAAAUGGUUGGCAUGUCUCAUCAACACACUUGCCUACAUUCAUUCGAAAGGCAUACGUCACAAAGACAUCAAGCCACGAAAUGUUCUUGUGAAGGGUGAGAAAGUCUACUUCACAGACUUUGGAUCUGGCCACAUGUUCGACGAUGGAGGCAACAGCACCACAGAUGGUGUCGCGUACGGACACACUCGGGCAUACUGCGCCCCAGAAGUUAUCAAGAACGACAGUAGAAAUCGAUCCUCGGAUGUUUUCUCCCUCGGCUGCGUACUGCUGGAAAUGGCUGUCUGGAGUAGUGAGGUCUCUAUGGCUGAUUACUUCAGUGGGAUUAGAGCAGACAAGAGCAGCGCGGAUAUCGUCCAGUACCACGAUUCGCUUACUCGUCUCAGCGUUUGGUUUCAAAACACGCCGCAGCUGACGCAGCGAACGAAGGACAUUUACUACCAGGCACUGGUACACAUGAUCCGUAAAAGGCCCGAUGCAAGGUGGACGGCAGUCCAAGCCAGUCGUGUCAUCGGGCAGAUUGUUCCUGCUGAAUGCGUCAAGUGUGAUCUCGAUUUGUGGGUUUCGGACACUGUCUGA